CGCAGCGCAGCACAACCAGCACUAAAGCUCUGCUAGAUUAGCUAACUAAGGUAUUUGCGGUGCUGAGAUGUUCUGUGCCUUGAACACUGGAUGUCAACCAGACCGGAAACCUCCAAUAGUUGUACGCAUGUAUGCAUGUAUACAUGUUGUUUGUUUCUUCUAGUAAAUUACGCAGAGACUUGACUUUUGUCUUCUUCAAGGAAUCUGGAGCAAGCAAGCAAGCAAGCAGCGAAGAACAAUCCCCCAAGCUCGUGAGCUAUUCCCUGUCUGCGGCGCAGGGUCCAACUCCCAAUCCCCUGGAUGAUCUGCGGGCCGUCACCGUCCAGUUCAUAACUCCGUACGUUACAUGCAGUUAGGUGACCUAGGAGAGGCGGCACAAGCAUCCCCAACGACGCUGCUCUUGCUCCCGGCUAACCUUGGGUGAAUAUCCACUUCUCCACCUCC